AUGUGUAGUCUGGAUGAGGUUCCAUUUAAAGCUGCUCUGGACUCUGUGGAGAUACAGUUGGGUCAGAAAGAGCCGGUCACAGCUCCUGAACUUACGAUCCCAAACUGUGCUCAAAUACUGCAUGAUACAAAGUAUUCAUUCACUCUGGAGAAAAAGAUCCUGGCUGCAUGGGAAGAACAGCAGCGGAAGAACAGGAAAGCCAAAAAAACACCCCAAAGUGUGUGUCCCACCUGCCCACCAUAUUGGCUGAUGUUCAGCAGCCCUCAGCAGAACCGUAUGGUGUGCCUCAGAAGUGCAGAAUUAUGGGAACUGGACCCUCGCCCCCGUAGCUUAAGCCUCAGUGCUGCUGACUCACGGAAGCUCCGCCCACUUCGUUCAGUCCAGUUCCUUAUUGCCGACAUGGACUAUGAGGGUGGCUACGGUGAAGACAACGAAAGCUUGUCUGAGGAUGAGACUGUUCAGAGCAAAGAAAGACCAAAGAGUUCCGGCCCACAGUGCCCCUGGAUUUCUGCCCGUCACACCCAGCGAGUCUCUACCCCUCACCCCGCCCCUUCUAGCACGCUCCACAAGGCCCGGCCAAGCUCCGCCUCCUCUGUAAAAGACAUACGUAGGCCCAUCCCUCCUGGCCUCAGCCAGACGCCACAGGGCAGCCCUCACAGCUCCAGAGCCCCCCGCAGGAAACCUGCUUUAACGAGAACUAGCGGGCGACGAAACUCACACACCCUCCUACAGCCGAGACCCUCGUCCGCGGGACCGCUGCCCUCCACCAGGCCUCAGAAGCUAUCCUCGCAUGGUGUGCGUCCGCGGACGUCCGCAGGGCUACAGGACACUCAUGCUGAUCUGCUGUGCGCUUUGAGUCAGGAAGAAAGGGAUCUUCUUGAAGCUGUUACACAACAUGGAUACACACUGCACACUGCCAUACUAGCACUGCAGAGGACAGGGCCCAAGAGUCCUGAACAGAUUCUGAGUUACCUGAUGUCAUGUGACCGUCUCUGUCGGCUGGGUUUUGAGAAGACUCAGGUGGAAGAAGCUUUGGAGAUGUUCCAGAACUGUGAGACCAAGGCUUCAGAGUUCCUGUUUCUGCUGGCUCAGUUCUGUGAGAUGGGUUUCCAGCAGAGCACCAUUAAAGAAGUUCUACUGGUGCAUGAGAACCAUAAAGAGAGAGCCCUGGAGGAGCUUAUGACCCGCAGUGGUUGAGAACUGCUAUGUGAACAAAUGAGUUGCCACGUCCAUGAGUGAAAAACAUGAAUAAAUGUAUAAAUGAAUCCUCAGCUUUAUGAGCAUAUGAAUCAGUCUUCAUCUCUAUUAAUGCAUUAAUGAAUCUCUAUCUUCAGCUCCAUACAUUAAUGUAUAAAUAUGUACAAAUCCUUCAGAAUGAAUGUAUCCUUGCAGCUUUAAUACUCCAGACAUGUCUCUCAGUUUCUCAUGCAUAAAAGGUCCUGCUUGUUGAUUGAUUUCAUUGUAAUUAUGUUUAUUAUAUUGAUGCCACGUGAUUAGCUGUAGAUCUGACUUUUUCAUGACAAAGAUUAAUCAUCUAUCGAUGACAGAACUGUAGAUCAGUUUAUCAUGACGAAGAUGAAUCAUCUAGUUAACAAAAAAUAAAUAAAUAAAUGUUUAGCAUAUUUUGAAAAGAGCUGGGGACAGUUUGAAUGACUUUAAUUAAACACUGUUGUGACAUUUAUUAUGCAUCAGUUGUUUAAUUUCAGGACUGUUUUCCUAAUGUUUGGAAUGUAAUUAG